CCAGGGGGCUGGGCACAGUGAGUCAGGGGAGAGUGGGAGUAGCAGAGAUAUGACAAGUGUGCGGAUCUCUUAGGGUCCAGCACAGAUUUGUCUUGUCUUUGAGGUGGGAAGAUAUCACAGGGCUGGUUGAUUUUUAUUAUUAAAUUUUAUUGAAGUUUGAAUAGUGUGUGUUACAAAGGAACAAAAAUACAGCACCCAGUUUCCUUCCCCCAGAGACUACCACCAUCCCAGUUUCUUGCUGGUCACCAGUUUCUUGCCAUUGCAUUAUUUGAGUGAGUUUCCUGUUUUAUAUUAGAUUGAAGCACAUGAAAUGGCUUUUUUUUUUUUUUUUUUUUAGAUUUAUUUAUUUGAAAGGCAGAGUUACAGAGAGGCAGAGGCAGAGAGAGAAAAAAAGAGGUCUUCCAUCCGCUGGUUCACUUCCCAGAUGCCCGCAUCGGCAGGAGCUGUGCCGAUCCAAAGCCAGGAGCCAGGAGUCUCCUCCUGGUCUCCCAUAAAGGUGCAGGGGCCCAAGGACUUGGGCCAUCUUCUACUGCUUUCCCAGGCCAUAGCAGAGAGCAGGAUUGGAAGUGGAGCAGCCGGGACUUGAACCAGCAUCCAUAUGAGAUGCUGGCACUGCAGUCAGCGGCCUUACCUGCUAUGCCACGGAGCUGGCCCCAUGAAAUUGCCUUUUUUUAAAACAGUCAAGAAUGGUUGAAUGUUGACAAUUUUAUGAGGUUUGGCCUUACAGCUUCCUUUCAGAAGCAGGAGGAAUUUGACCAGUGCUUUCUGGCCCUAGGCGUUGGUGGUCAGAGAUAGGGACCUCCUCCCUCUUCCUGCAGCCCGCCCUUCCAGGGACAGCCCAGCAGUGUCUGUGAUACCAGGGAGUGAAAAACCCCUGGCCCACUGGUAGCCCCAAACCUGGCUAGCUGGUAAGCCUGACAAGAGGCUGUCUCUUCCUGCUAGGACCUUCCCUGGCGGAUGCAUCUUGGUGCCACCAGAUCACAGCUCCCAGAGGGACUUUGGCUGGGUGUUGGAAAUGAGUGCCAUGGUGAGGCUGCUCUCCGGUAGACAAGACAUCUGGACAUUCUGGAUCAGCAGCUGAGCAGAGCUGCCUGCAGAAUACACAGCUUGGUGUGUCCCUGAGGGUACCUGCUGUGACUAGAGCUGCUCAGGCCGCGGGAGGAGGCACAGGGUGCCGUGAUCUGGCUGUGGGAGAAAGACUUUCAGCCCUUCUUGUUUGUCACACUCCUGUGCUGACCAGAGAGCUGUGUGGCACCCCAGGGCACUGGGCCUCGUGCGGGUCCAGCUCUGGGAGAGCUGGUCAGGAAUGGAUGUCAGUUGGAAUGCCUUUGACCUCAAACAGUGGUCAUGAUAGCAGCAGCAAACAGGUGAUUAAUAGAGCAUCUACUAUGUGCUAGACACUACCAGGAUCUUCACAGGAAGUGAGUCGUUUUUGUCUUCCGCCAACCUUGUAAAAUAAAUGCUUUAUCUGCAAAAGGAAAAAAUAAAAGUAACUAAAUUUAAAUAACAUGCUGAAGGUCACUAGCUAGAAAAUGGUGCUGACACAAUUUGGAGCCGUGCAGUCUGAUCCCAGAAGCCGUGCUCUUACUGCUUAGGCUCUGUGAGCCGCUGCAGUGGUUCUCAGACCUGAGCGGGCACUGGAAUCCCCCAGGGGACGUCCUCAGAUUGCUGGGCCCCACUCAGAGCUCCUGAGUUGGUAGGUCUGGCUGGAGAAUUUGCAUUUCUGACAAGCUUCCAGGUUUAGGUUCCUAUUAGGUGCUCCUAACCUAUAAUAGGAAGCCCAAAUGAAAUUAGCCUGAAAUAAGAUUUAUGAUCUCAUGCAAAAAAUCCGUAACUGGGCAUUAUAGGGGUUGACUAAGCAGUUCCACAAUGCCUCGAAGGGCUCAGUCUCUCUCCUUUGUGCAACUCGGCCAUCCAUGGUAUGUUUUCUGUGUCCUCAGGCUCCUGUGAGACCACAGUGAGGUCUCCACUACUCCAGUCGGCCCAGCUCGACAAGGGUAUAUCCACCAGCUCACUCAAUGUCGCGUCUGUCUAAGAGUGAGGAAACCGGGCUGGAUCUGUGGUGCAGUGAGUUAAGACACUGACUGCAGUGCCAGCAUCCCCUAUGGGAACCUGUUUGAGUCCCGGCUGCUCCACUUCCAAUCCAGCUUCCUGCUAAUGGCCUGGGAAAAGCAGUGGAGGAUGGACCAAGUGCUUGGGCCCAUGUACCCAAAUGGAUGGACCUGGAUGGAGCUGGCUUUGGCCAUUGUGGCCAUCUGGGAAGUGAAACAGCAGAUGGAAGAUCUCUCCCCUUCCCACCCUGUUUCAAAUAAAUAAGUGUAUCUUAAAGACAUGAAACCUUUUAUUGAUCAUGGAUGCCCUGAUUCCCCUCAUAUAUCAUUGGCCAGAAUUGUGACAUGUGACCAUGCCAGACCAAUCAUGAGCAAGAGUCGUCAGGGUUACUCUCUUGGGACUGAGGCUGGAGCCAGUCGUACCUGAAGUAUGUGGCACUGGGAGGCGAGUGGCUAUAGGAAUGAAACCAGAGUUCUACUUGUACUUAGGAAAGGACCUAAGGUUUUUUUUUUGUUUGUUUGGUUGGUUGGUUUUUUUGGGGGGUGGGAGCGGUAGAUGAAAAGAAGGAUAGUAAGAGUCUUUCUUAAUAUUUUUCCUUCAGCAGUUGAGAAUUUCAGCUGUGACCAUGAGCUGGUCGAUUACUCCCUGUUUCGAAGGCAGAAGCAUGGACCUGAUUCAGUCUGAGGGCAGCUUGUGAGAACUGCAGCUGAUGGUUGUUGAGCAUUUUUUGGGUCAGAGCCAAGUGCUCACUAUAAAUAUCAUGACUGCUCACCUCCAUCCCAUUUUACAAAUGAGGAAGCUGAGGCACAGUGUGGGCCCCUGCCUGUCCUCAUGAGAUCAUCUAGCCCGAACCACGAAGCUGCUCCGGCUGAGUUGACCCAGUCCCACAACUUCUUGCUGUAUGACUACCAGCCUGUGAGUGCUGUUCAACUCUCUCGUGUGUGAACUGGUAGUGCUAAGAGUCCGUCCUUAGCAGCUGUGAGGGUUAGACGUCAUCCAGGUGAAGUGCAUACAGCAGCGCCUUUUGCACAGUGAGCACACAGGUUGUGGCUGUUGUUGCUGUCAGCUGAAGCCAUUCAGCUCUGCUCCCGAAGCUGGGUGGCAGAGUCCGGCAGCCGUGUUUAAUCAUUAAGCUAUAGCUAAUGCCCUGGCUGCAUGCGCAGAGGAGCCCACCCCUGGGUUGAGAGGUUGUGAAUGGAGCAGCCAGGCACAAGCCCAGAGCAGGGGCUGCUGUGGGCACGGAUCCAGGCCUGGCUCAGUCAAUGAACAGGUGGCCGGUCCCUGAAUCCGAGGUAACAGGCGAACCUUCUUUUGUUGUCUUUGAGCUUCUGUGAAGCCCAUUCAGACUCCUCAGACCACGUGUCCGAUGAGUAAGGUGUCCUUUUAUUUCCCUCCCCCAGAGGGACUGUUGGCAGAACGGCCUCUUGGGUAGUGUGCCUGUUCAUGAAGACCAGCCAUCUCGUGGGGAACUCCGUUGGCUGGCGUGUUCCUGCAGCUGUUGAAUAAGUCGCUGUUAGGAGCUGGCACGGCAGGUUCCCGUUUCCGCAUUCCAGACACCCACAGCGGGGCUGGGGGAGGCACCAGUUGAGAUCGCUCUGGAGAGCCCAGGCAGGUGGCCUUCGCCUUGGGAGCACCUGGGACAGGAGCCGCACCCGGGGCUAACCUGGCAAUCACCUGCCCAUCUAGUGAUCAGGGCUGUGUUUGGGACGUCUUUUAGAUGUACAGUCUUUGACGUCGGCUCUCCAGGGACCCUCCAGGACCAUUAGUGUUGAGAACUACUGAGGCAUGGCUGGGAAGACACCCUUGCUGCCUGCUCUGCCCUGCUGAGCCGCUGUGUCCCGAGCCCCCAGGACAGCCCCUGCCUCCUGAGGUUGUCCUGGCUCAGCUGUCCACAGCGAUGGUGGAGAACUGGACUGCACAGGCUCACAACCUUCGCGUCUGGUUUCAGGGGCCAGCAUCCUUCAUCCUGGGCCUGGCGGCCCUGAACAAUGGCUGAGGGCCAGGGGACCCCCUAGAGCUACACCUCAGCUUCCAGGGCCCAGCAGCACUCCAGUGCCCGUGGACUAUGACCACUUAUCGGCCCCUUCCCAGUGAUGGCGUGGACCUGGCAGCCAGCUGUGGGGCCAGAGCCGCUGACGUCCUGCCUGGGCCGCACACGGGGGACUACACGCCCAUGGGAUUCUGGGCCCAAAAUGGCAGCAUGUCCCAGCCCCUUGGUGAGAACCCAGCCACCUCUACCACCCGCCCCAGCCCCACCACCCCUGCGAUGCCCAAGAUGGGCGUGCGUGCAAGAGUGGCCGACUGGCCGCCCAAGCGGGAGGCCCUAAGAGAGCAGAACAACCCGAGCCCCUCCCAGGAUACAGAUGGCGUGAAGGCCACCAAGGUGGCCCAUUCCAUGAGGAGCGUACAGAACGGGCAGCCUCCCGCCAGCACCCCGGCUUCCUCAGGGUCCAGAGCCUUCCACCGGCUCUCCAGGAGAAGGUCCAAAGAUGUGGAAUUCCAGGACGGGUGGCCGCGGUCCCCCGGCAGGGCCUUCCUCCCCCUGCGGCACCGCAGCAGCAGCGAGAUCACCCUUAGCGAGUGCGACGUGGAGGACGUGGGGGAGCCGCGGGGCCCCAGGCACACGGGCGCAUUGCCCCUCUUCCGCGAGUAUGGCAGCACCUCGUCCAUCGACGUGCAGGGCGUGCCGGAGCAGAGCUUCUUUGACAUUCUGAAUGAGUUCCGCAACGAGCAGCCCGAGGCCCGCGGCUCCCAGACGCUCACCGAGCUCCUCCGGGCAGAUCCCGGCUCACAUCUGGUGGGGGGCGGCUGUGGAGCCAAGGGGGACGCCCGCAACGGGCAGCCCAGCAAGGACAGUCUCCUCCCACUGCAGCCCAUGAAGGAGAAGGAGAAGGCCCGGAAGAAACCUGCGCGGGGCCUGGGCGGCGGGGACACGGUGGACUCGUCCAUCUUCCGCAAGCUGCGGAGCAGCAAGCCGGAAGGCGAGGCGGGCCGGUCCCCGGGGGAGGCGGAGGAGGGACGCAGCCCCCCGGAGGCCAGUCGGCCCUGGGUGUGCCAGAAGAGCUUUGCCCACUUCGACGUGCAGAGCAUGCUGUUCGACCUCAACGAGGCGGCCGCCAACAGGGUGGCGGUGGCGCAGCGGCGCAACACCACGACGGGCGCCUCCGCCGCGUCGGCUGCUUCGGCCAUGGCCUCCCUCACGGCGUCGCGGGCCCACAGCCUGGGCGGCCUGGACCCCGCCUUCACCAGCACAGAGGACCUGAACUGCAAGGAGAACCUGGAGCAGGACCUGGGCGAUGACAACAGCAACGAACUGCUGCUUAGCUGCCCGCACUUCCGCAACGAGAUCGGCGGCGAGUGCGAGCGCAACGUGAGCUUCUCCCGGGCCUCUGUGGGCUCCCCGGGUGGCAGUGAGGGCCCCCUGACGGAGCCCAGCCUGAGCUCCUACCGCACCAACGCCAGCAUCUCGGUGCUGGAGGUGCCCAAGGAGCAGCAGAGAACGCAGAGUCGACCCCGGCAGUACAGCAUCGAGCACGUGGACCUGGGUGCCCGCUACUACCAGGACUACUUCGUGGGCAAAGAGCAUGCCAAUUACUUUGGUGUGGAUGAGAAGCUGGGGCCCGUGGCCGUGAGCAUCAAGCGGGAGAAGCUGGAAGACCACAAAGAUCACGGACCUCAGUACCAGUACAGGAUCAUCUUCCGGACCCGCGAGCUCAUCACCCUGCGGGGCUCCAUCCUGGAAGACGCCACGCCCACGGCCACGAAGCAUGGGACUGGGCGGGGCCUGCCGCUGAAGGAUGCGCUGGAGUACGUCAUCCCGGAGCUCAACAUCCACUGCCUGCGGCUGGCUCUCAACACUCCCAAGGUGACGGAGCAGCUCCUGAAGCUGGACGAGCAAGGGCUCUGCCGGAAGCACAAGGUGGGCAUCCUCUACUGCAAGGCAGGCCAGAGCUCCGAGGAGGAGAUGUACAACAACGAGGAGGCCGGCCCUGCCUUCGAGGAGUUCCUCUCCCUCAUCGGCGAGAAGGUCUGCCUCAAGGGGUUCACCAAGUACGCCGCCCAGCUGGAUGUCAAGACCGACUCCACGGGAACCCACUCCCUCUACACGACGUACCAGGACUACGAGAUCAUGUUCCACGUCUCCACCCUGCUCCCUUACACCCCCAACAAUAGGCAGCAGCUCCUGAGGAAGAGGCACAUAGGCAACGACAUAGUGACGAUCAUCUUCCAGGAGCCCGGAGCGCUGCCCUUCACCCCCAAGAACAUCCGCUCGCACUUUCAGCACGUCUUCAUCAUUGUCCGCGUCCACAACCCCUGCACUGACAGCGUCUGCUACAGUAUGGCUGUGACCCGAUCCAAAGACGCUCCUCCCUUCGGCCCCCCGAUCCCCAAUGGAACCACAUUCCGCAAAUCUGACGUCUUCAGAGACUUCUUGCUGGCCAAGGUGAUUAAUGCUGAGAAUGCUGCACACAAGUCUGACAAGUUCCACACCAUGGCCACCAGGACCCGCCAGGAGUACCUCAAGGACCUGGCUGAAAACUGUGUCUCCAACACACCCAUUGACUCCUCUGGCAAAUUCAACCUCAUCUCCCUGACCUCCAAGAAAAAGGAGAAGACAAAGGCGCGGGCAGGCGCCGAGCAGCACAGCGCGGGGGCUAUCGCCUGGAGGGUGGCAGCUCAGGACUACGCCCAGGGGGUAGAAAUUGACUGCAUUUUGGGAAUUUCCAAUGAAUUUGUGGUGCUCCUGGACCUACGCACAAAGGAAGUGGUUUUCAACUGCUACUGUGGGGAUGUCAUUGGCUGGACCCCAGACUCCUCAACGCUGAAAAUCUUCUAUGGACGAGGGGACCACAUCUUCCUACAGUCCACAGAGGGGUCUGUAGAGGACAUCCGGGAAAUUGUACAGAGACUAAAGGUGAUGACCAACGGUUGGGAGACUGUGGACAUGACCUUGCGGCGGAACGGGCUUGGGCAGCUGGGCUUCCACGUGAAGUACGAUGGGACAGUGGCUGAGGUGGAGGACUACGGGUUUGCCUGGCAGGCCGGCCUCCGGCAAGGCAGCAGGCUGGUGGAAAUCUGCAAGGUGGCUGUGGUCACAUUGACCCAUGACCAGAUGAUUGACCUGCUGCGCACCUCUGUCACCGUGAAGGUGGUCAUCAUCCCCCCUUUUGACGACGGCACGCCCCGGAGGGGCUGGCCGGAGACCUAUGACAUGAAUACCUCGGAGCCCAAGACCGAGCCAGAAAGCAUCCUCCCGGGGGGCCGGCCCCCCUACCGCAGCAAUGCUCCCUGGCAGUGGAGCGGGCCUGCAUCCCACAACUCUCUCCCGGCCUCCAAGUGGGCUGCUCCGGCCACCCCCGGCCAUGCCCAGUCCCUGAGCCGGCCCCCGAAGCAGACCCCCAUGGUCCCCUUCCGGGAGUCGCAGCCACUGCACAGCAAGAGGCCUGUCAGCUUCCCAGAGACCCCUUACACAGCAUCACCAGCAGGGGCCGACAGAGUCCCUCCCUACCGACAGCCUUCUGGGAGCUUCUCCACCCCCAGCUCGGCCACCUACACAAGAUACAAGCCAUCGCCAGAAAGGUACACGGCUGCCCCACACCCACUGCUGUCUUUUGAUCCCCACUUCGGCCACGAUGGGACAUCCAGUGGCGACUCCUCCUCAGGUGGGCUGACCAGUCAGGAGAGCACCAUGGAGCGCCAGAAGCCAGAGCCUUUGUGGCAUGUGCCAGCCCAGGCACGGCUCUCAGCCAUGGUUGGAAGCAGCGGGAACAAGCACGCCUCCAGGCAGGAUGCAGCAGGCAAAGAUUCCCCUAACAGACAUUCCAAAGGAGAACCUCAGUACUCGAGUCAUUCCAGCAGCAAUACGCUCUCCAGCAACGCGUCCAGCAGCCACAGUGACGACCGCUGGUUCGACCCGCUGGACCCCCUGGAACCAGAGCAAGACCCCCUCUCCAAGGGCGGCUCCAGUGACAGCGGCAUUGACACCACCCUCUACACCUCCAGCCCCAGCUGCAUGUCCCUGGCCAAGGCACCUCGGGCCACCAAGCCACACAAGCCCCCGGGAAGUAUGGGCCUUUGUGGCGGGGGACGCGAGGCCGCCGGAAGGUCCCAGCACACGGACAGACGGCGGGAGGUGUCACCUGCCCCUGCGGUUGCUGGCCAGGGCAAGGGCUACCGACCGAAGCUGUACUCCUCAGGCUCCAGCGCCCCCACCGGCCUGGCAGGGGGCAGCCGGGACCCACCAAGGCAGCCCAGUGAGAUGGGCUCGCGGGCUGCCUACCCGGCUCAGGUUUACAAAACUGCCAGCGCAGAGACUCCCCGGCCCUCCCAGCUGACCCAGUCCAGCCCCUUCCAGCUCUCCACCUCCGUCCCCAAGUCCUUCUUCUCCAAGCAACCGGUGCGUAAUAAGCACCCAACGGGGUGGAAGAGAACAGACGAGCCCCCACCACGGCCGCUCCCCUUCAGUGACCCAAAGAAGCAGGUGGACGCGAACACCAAGAACGUCUUCGGGCAGCCACGCUUGAGGGCAUCCCUCCGAGACCUGCGGUCCCCACGGAAGAACUACAAAUCCACCAUCGAGGACGACCUGAAGAAGCUCAUCAUCAUGGACAACCUGGGCCCAGAGCAGGAGAGAGACGCAGGGCAGUCGCCACAGAAGAGCCUGCAGAGGACACUGUCGGACGAGAGCCUGUGCAGCGGGCGCCGGGAGCCCAGCUUCGCCAACGCUGCCAGCCUGGAGCCAGGGCUGCCCAGCGACGUGCUCUUCACCAGCGCCUGCGCCUUCCCCGCCAGCACGCUGCCCGCCCGCCGCCAGCACCAGCACCCCCUCCCGCCCGGCGGUGGCGGCCCCAGCGCCAUCCCUGCUGCGGGCAACGGCUUCCCGGAGAAGAAAUCCACCAUCUCGGCCUCAGAACUGUCGCUGGCUGACGGGCGGGACCGUCCCCUGCGGCGCCUCGACCCCGGGAUGAUGCCACUGCCCGACACGGCUGCUGGUCUCGAGUGGUCCAGCCUUGUCAACGCGGCCAAGGCUUAUGAAGUGCAAAGAGCUGUCUCGCUCUUCUCUCUAAAUGACCCAGCCCUGAGCCCGGACAUCCCACCUGCACACAGUCCGGUCCACAGCCACCUGAGCCUGGAGAGGGGGCCCCAGACCCCCAGGACCACCCCUACCAUGAGCGAGGAGCCGCCCCUGGACCUGACAGGCAAGGUGUACCAGCUGGAAGUGAUGCUAAAACAGCUGCACACGGACCUCCAGAAGGAGAAGCAGGACAAGGUGGUGCUGCAGUCGGAGGUGGCCAGCCUGCGCCAGAACAACCAGCGGUUGCAGGAGGAGUCGCAGGCUGCCAGCGAGCAGCUGCGCAAGUUCGCGGAGAUCUUCUGCAGGGAGAAGAAGGAGCUCUGAGGGGGAGAGGCCACGGCCCCCGGCACCCCGCCCUCCACCCAGCCCCUGGCAGGUCACCUGCAGGCCUGGCCAAGAUAAUCCAUCCAGGGCCCUGGCACCUGGACCUCCCCCACGGACUUGGAAACCCCAGGCUGGCAGUGGGAGCCAAAGGAGCCCUCACCGUGGCUGCGAGCCUGGGUCUGCUCAGGGUCCUGCAGCCCCAGAGGGUGACACAGUCUCCGCCUCCCUCUGAGGGCAAGGCCAUGCCCACACUGCCCCCGAGGGCCUCUUCUAGGCCUGGAAACCGAAGCCCGGAGGACGGGGAGGGGAGCCGGAGGCAAUCUCUUCACCACGGACAACCUGACAACCAAGUGCGGGCUCGCGGGCCCAGGAAGAACCCGGCGUGGAAGCAGCCCCUCCCCCCAACAGGGAGGUGAGGGCCCGGGGGAACAGGCAGGACUCCUCACUCCACAGUGUGCCGGCUCCAAAGAGCACCGAGGCAUGGCUUCCCAACCCCUCCUCCCGCAGCGCAGCCAGGAGCACUUUCUUAGAAUUUAAAUUAUUUUCUGGAGGGCCCCAGGAUGGAGAGGAAACCCCAGCCUCCAGAGUCGGCUUCUUCGAGAGAGCAGCUCUGUCGGUACAACUGGACGGGUUCUACAAUCCUCUUCUCCCAGCUCCUCUCCCGCCGCUGGGCUCCCCGCUGCUGACCUGCCUCCCAGCUGGCUCCCUCCUCCCCUCCUCCUCCUCUCCUCUCUCCCUCCUCCCAUCUCCCCCUCCCCCCUCCCCCUCUGCACACCAUGCCCAGCCCUGACCAGCAGCCACGGCCCGGGCCUCCUCCUCGGGGCUCCAAGUUCAGAGCUGGAGAGAAACAGCCUUCAUCUCUCACCUGGUUUUGUUUUCUUUGUAAGCCUCCCAGCCGUCUCUGCCGCCAGACACCCUCACUGUGCCCCCAGGACCCCGCGAGCCGCCCACUCUCGACCGGCAAUGAGGGGCAGCGGGCCGGCGCGCACCAUGCUGUUCACCCAGGAAACAGAGUUGCUUUUUUUCCUUCCUUAAAAACAAACAAAAUAUAUAUAUAUAUUUAUUUUUUCAUGUAGAGUUGCGCCAGAACGAGUCUGUAUGGCCACAGUCUGUGGACUCCCCCAACCUCAGCUGAGGACCGAGGCGUGCACCCGCUGGCUGGGGGCGGUGGCAGGAUUCAGGGGGACAGUCGGUGGGCGGGCAGGCGGCUUCCCUUUCGGGAAGCACCAGCCUGGGUUGGCUCAGAGCAUCGCACUCUGGGCUGUGGGCCGGCGCCAGGCGGCGCAGUCCCUGUGCAGAGGCCGUGCUGUGUGCCACCUUCUCUCCAGGGUGCGGCGCCUCAAAGAAGGGGGCUCUGGGGACUGCACCAGGCCAGAAGCAGGCCCCCGCCCCCACCCCGAGGUGCCGGGCUGGAGGGGUGGGGCGAGGGCAGGGGGCAGCCAUUGUGUCUCCCUUGGAUGCCUCUCUCGCAGUCUGGAGAAGGAAGUGUCAGCCCUGUGGUGUCCUGCCCCGCAGCCACCCUCAGCCUGGCCACCUACUGUGACGUGGUCCUCUCUGCCCUCUCCCUCCCGUCUCCAGCCCUGCCCCACCCUUUCCUCACACCCUCACCUGAUCCUUUGCUUCCUUCUUUUAAUUGUCUCCUCACGUCUUCAGAUCAUUCUAAUCAUUUGGGGACCUAAUCAUGUACAUUGACAAGGGUAAAUUAUGAUUUCUGGUUUUGUUUUCUGUUAUUUUUAAAGAAUUUUUGCAAAACAAAUCUAUUUAAUUUGAGCUUGUUCUAUCUGAUGGCUGAAGAUAGCAGCAGAUUUUUUCAUAUGUUGAUUUAUUUCAUUUGGAUUUUUUAUUCUCUAUUGUCUUCUCUUCCCCCUCCCCCUCCCCCAAACCCUGUCUUGAGAAUUUUCUGGCAUGUUUCUGGAGGUUUCAAAGGAAAUAAAUGUUUCAUAGAAA